GUCACACACAGCCAGCGAGGAGGGAGUGUCGCGGCUACACCCAGUGCUCUCGCGGACGUGUGGAGGAGAAGUGCAAGUGUACUGUGUACUCUAGGAGAGGGCCGCCCGCACCAAAAAGCAAAUGAGCAGCAUUGCACCCACAUCUUCACAGACGGAUCGGUGGACACAGAAUAUGAUGGUGCUGCUCUUUGAAGCGAUCAGGAUUCACCAACAACAACGGUCAGUUGAGCAUUGGGGGUGAAGGGCGAGUGACCCUUCAGUGUUGGACAGUCUGCCAGGAUGGGAGGACGUCGGUGGUGGCGGGGGGCGAUGCUACUGGUGGGGUUGCUGACGCUGCUGCCCACGUCAACAGGGGCACCUCUCAGUGCCCAGGAACUGGAGAGAGACACCUUGGCCCUCCUGACCCCCCUCAUGGGGAAUGUCGAAGUGGCUCUGACGAAGCUCAUAGACUCCAGCAAAGCAGGCAUGGGAGUCACCAACUACAUCGACAUUGUGGCAAAGUUGGUGUUCAAUCUCAAUCCAAAAAAUGAGGUUUUUGGCUCGUCCAUCCCUAUGGCAGACAGACGGUUGCUGGCCAUGUUUGAGUUGCUUUCACGUCGCUUGGAUCAAAUGGAGCAUGGGGUUCAUGGAGUUACAAAUUCGCUGCGAGAUGUAGCUACUGGACUGCAAGAUCUGGUGCGGUGGGAAAUUGCCCUCAACAGUAUGGAGGACUGUAUCAGGCCCAUAAACACGCUCUACAACAAGUUCCUACUUUACCAGAAGCUCAAGCAUAAGAUAGAGGACCACACACUGGUGGAUUUUGCCAACUCCGUAGUAUCUCAUGACUCGCAUUCAGUAAUGUCAUCUAUGGUUCACCUGCACACUUUGGCAGCACCCGAGGCUGCUCAGAGGGUCAACUCGCCUUUAUUCGCACAUUUACUGUUAUCUGCUGGAGUGACAAAUGACCCUAAAAAUGCAUACAGCCUGUCUGGGAGGGUCACAGUCAAAAACGCCUUUCAGAACUUGCUGAGGAGUAUCAUUGAAUGGCAGAAUCAGCCUUCAUCUCGAGCAAGUUUGUUCGUCAUGCUGCAUGAUGCUCUCAAAAAAAGUGGUGGAUGUCUGCUGCAUCAAUCACCUCAACAGCUAAUGACUGGUCUCCACCAGCUGGUAUCACUCGCACAAACUCGAGGAUUUAUCAUGCUAGAAUUUGCUUGGAUGUUACUUAGAGUGCAUAAUGAAGGUAACUUUACAGCAGAGCAUGAAGUUUCAGAGAAACUGUACCUUCAGUACUCUGAUGACAUCAUGAGAGAGGCAAAGAAGGCAAUAGUUAACGAAUCUCCCGAUUUCUUCAGAUGUGACCCACGUAAGCACAAAGAGGGCGACACCUAUAUUCAGUUUACGGAACUAUUACAGGGUUACAUUGAAAAUGAAGUUGACAUGAAUGAAGGUGGGUCAUGCUCGCAGAACUGUGGCUACUAUCGGCACACUAAGAAUGAAGGGUGUUACAUUCCUGAGACUCAAUACUGUGGCAAACAGCGCCGCUGUAUGGGCACUAUUCAUGACUGCCAAUAUAACUAUGCCGACUCCUGGGUAUGCCCCUCCCGAAAUCCUUACCGAAGGUAUGACUCGAUCAAGUAUGAGAAUGGCCUGCUGCUGGGGUCAUCUCAGUCAUGUGGGAGGCCUCUCUGGAGGGUACAAUCAUGGCAGAGGUUUCUAUAUCACUGCUCCUACUGCUUCUGUCUCUGUGAUGAUGGAAACUCCCCCACCAGUGACAGAUACAUCAGCCUUGUUCCUGCCCUCAGUGAUACACGAAAUAAUAUGGUAGUGAUGGGGGUGCAGUUUGUCAAGCAAAGAAAAAUUAUACAUCUUCAGGUACAACAAGGUCAGGCGUUGCCGCAAGGACACGUUAACAUGUCCACUAUACAAUGGGUUGAUGUAAAACCCAUCAACAUUAUCAGCAUGUCUGAUCAAGAGGGCAUACACUUCAAGAAGCUAUCGUAUGAGGAACGUAGUAUUGAUUUGGACCGUCUUGUGGCGCCUGAUAAUCAUGUUGUUACUGGUGUUCGUUUCAGGAUGCUUGGCUCUCAUAUCAACUUGGAGGUACAAAUCACCCCUGUAAACUACACAACAGGAAAGCUGCAACCUUACAAGAGUUACUGGAUCAGCAAUGACAACACACCAGCCAUGUCUACUAACUCUAGGAGUGAACUUCUGAUCGACUCUCCAGAUGACCCAACUAAAUUCCUAACCCCCUCUCAAGAGGACUCCAGACCAGACUCAUUUAUUCGUUUUGGCCCCACUGAUAGGAGAAAAGAUGCUGCUCAGCUUACUAUACCUUUCUUUGAUGCACAGCCUGUUGCUCCUUUCCCCAGCAUCUGGUUUUCUGGUGUUGAACUUUUCCAUAAAGGUCAGGUUGGGUCUGGAGGCUUCAUAGGACUCAAGGUUAUUACACAUGACAGGUCAGCUCACAUGGAAUUGAUAGAUUAUAACCCCAUGACUGUGAAUUUCCUAAGUGUGCCUGAUCACUAGCCAGACAUUUUUAAAAUCUUUAUAAAGCAAAUCCAAAGGAUAUUUGUUGACAAGCUUAUGAUAUAGCUUUCUAUAUUUUUAAAAAAAUCCUAAAUUAAGGCAAAUUGUUAACAGCUGUUAGUGAUGAUGAACAUUUGAGUAUGUUGUAAACCUAAAUAGUUUAGUGUAUGAAACUAUACCCAUUGUAUAAGUAAAUGUUUUGCAGAAUAUUUGAAGUGUGGUUUUGAACAGAUGGUAGAAUAGUAGUGCGUGUGUUUGUGUGUUAAAUGGAUAUUAAUGUGUGGUACAGCUAAUGAGGUAACCCUCCUGUUAUGGUACAUGGCCAAACAUCAUGUAAAGCAUUAUAGACCAUUUGUAAUGGUGAGGGAAGUAUAUUGCCUUUUAAAUGUUCUGAAGUGCUCUUCUGUAUAUUUCACAUUUAAUAAAUAUAAUGUUGCAGUA